AUUUGAUCUGGCGCUCGCCUCGUCACUAUUGAGCGACUGACUAGAUCGCAAGAUGGCGUCUAUUCUCUGUCAGACCGCCACCUUUUCUUCCAGAGGCCUUGAAGGCCUUGUAUUUGCGGGGAAAUCUGCCUGCGCUUUGUUAUUAACCUAGAAUUACCAGGCACAGCACUUUGUUAUACGGCCACCUGGAAUUGGAGUAGCAGAGACCGUUCUUCAACUUGUUCAUGAUCUUCACCUAUACAAAUCGUGCCAUUUUGCCGGCAUUUGAGUUCGUCCUGGAGCAAAGUCAUAUCUCCGAAGCGUUGCUUGCCAACAUCCCGGCCUCGGUUUCUCUUCCUAGACCUUCAGACUCUGGGCUCGCGUCCUCCCUUUCACUGCAUUGAUUAAUGUGCCAUCGACAUCUCUCCCACAAUGGCGGGCGUACAACCUACCAGGGAUCAAAUGUCCCAAGUCUGCGCCAUAACACAGGUGGAUGAAGCCUGCGCAAGGAUUCUGCUCAAGAAAAGCAACAACGACGUCAACGGUGCCAUCAAUACCUUUUUCGAAGACCCCGUGAGGUCCGUGAUAGAAGAGCCCGUAAGCUCGCUUCGACCGUCGCUCAGUCCGAGAAAUGCUCGCUAACACGUGGGUGUGAGCACAGCCUGCUUCGAACGACUGGCAGUAUCAAGACAAUAUUCCAUUCCAAGAUGAUGCGAGCAUGGGAGGAGUCGCCGCUCUAUCUCGCCCGCCUUCGCGAGCCGACCAUUCCAUGAUGGACCUCUCCUCCGAGCAUGCUGCCGCUUCAGCAAGCAAUGUCAAAUCCCUCAAAGAACAAGAAGAGAUGAACGAUCCAGACCUCCAGCGUGCAAUGGCUGAGUCACUAGGGCAGGCCCUGCCAGCACAGGAGGACGGAGUUACAACAACCGGGGCACACUUCGGCCCUGCCAACCGGGAAUACUACGAUCCUAGCAGUUGGGCUUUAACGACCUAUUCGACCUCGCGGGAGAUCAUUGAGCAUCCGCCACCAUCGAAGCGGCGAAGAACAGGCGGUGCACCCGCUUUUCUGCGUGGCUCAAAGGACACUGGCUACUUGGGAUCCUUGCUUACUAUCUACCACAAUAUCCCUCUCGCUCGCCAAGCGCUUCUCAUGCCUGCUAUGAAAGUCCAUGCCUAUGCCCACGAUAAUAGCUGGUGGUCAGGGGCCACUGACGAGAACACCAAGGCCCUUUCGACCGACAAUACUCUCCGGAUUGACCGGCAAGAGUGCAAUCUGCUUACCGAAGUGCAGUGCCUGAUGGCUUUCCUUGACAGAACCACUCGCGCCUACGGCAGUGUCGAUGCUUUGGCAGAUUUGCAGGCCAUUCGCAACCGAGCCGACGCCACACCAUUCCAUCGCUUCCUAGAAGCUUGGACAUCUGCUGCUAUGAAACAGGCCCCUCAAGAGCAACUGACGCAGGUUUUCAGUUCCGUGGCGACAAAGGCGGGAGGUCUGGGCGACUCCGACGCAGCGGAGAAAACCCUGAAUUGCAUCGACCCUUUCAUCAAUCAUUUCCCAGGCGAGACGUUGACCGAUUUGCUCGACAACACGAUCUGGAAUGAUGAACAUGGGAACAUCGAUGACGUCUGGAUCAGCCAUUGCGCGGAGAUCUUCACCAUCCGAGUCCAUGAUCCUAACAGCACGUCUCGGAGCUCGGAACUGCAAUUGGAUCCCGUAUGGUACCCCGAUCGGUACAUGUACGAAUGCAGAGAGCAGAUGCAGCAGAUACGCAAAGAGCUGCAGUCUAUCCGCCGGGAGAUAGACCAAUACACUCACAUUCAACGCCGCUGCCAGAUUUACAAGUCGUCCGAUAACAGACUUCUCGAUGUUGGUGAAGUUCUCAAUUCUGCAGUCAAGGCUUCGACCACGGUGUUGGGUAAGAAAUCUGUCUCAAAUGGCUUUCUUGACAGCCAGGCAUCCGGAGCACAAGACACAGUCAACCAGGCCGACGUGGACGAGCUCGGGUCGGCAUUGCAAUCGGUGCUUCAAAAGAUUCGGCAAAAGUUGGACUCUCUGGAACAACGCAAAAACGAGCUUCGUCUCAGGAGCCGCCAGAUCACAAUGCGACUCACAAAACCCACGCCAGAGAUUCCGGACGUUCCUAAUCGCAAAUACACACUUCAGGGCGUCGCGACCAAGCCCGGAGUCACCUAUUUCCGACGACAAAACACAAAAAUCAACUACCUGAUCGACGACGAUGUAUUGGACCAGGACAGCCUAACUGGUGAUUGGUGGAGAACUGCGUGGUUACAAGACGAAGCCCAACCCGCCAUCUUCCACCCUCCAAUGGUUGGGCCCGUGACUAGAGCCCAGGCAGAGGCAAUCAAGCAGGCAGAGACCGCCCCUUUCUCAAUCACCAGGGUCCAGCAAGCCGAAGUGCUGGAAGCGGUCAGGAAGGAAUCCAACUCAGUGCUGCUGGUAUAUGCCAACGAAAACGCGAUGAACUUUCAAGGGGGCGAAGUAGGCAUUUCACUCCGGCAUUUUGUAGACCGCGAUAACCAAGCAUUUGCGGAGGAACUGCAACAAGAAGAAGGUCCACUACCUGCUGCAGCCGCAGAUCAUGAAGUCGAAACCGAAUUUGAAGACGUCCCUUUGAUUGACCCAACAGCUUCCAGCGGUUCAGUGCGUGAGCUCACACCUAUGUCGACCUCGAGCCCCGACCAUGAGGACACGCAACCUUCGCCUAGAAAUGAGACAGAAGACAGUUCGCCCCGCUUUCUGGAACAGCCGCCGUCAUACGAGGAAACCGUCGGCAAGCAGGAAAUGCAGGAGAGAAAGGGCAAUAAGAUUGGCUUGUACGCCGAACAAAUGCUGCAAAGAUACGGAAGCGACACGGUCCAGGAAAAGGGAGAAAAUGAUAGUGGCAGCGGCUUCCUGGAGGUUGAGGAUGCAAAUGCGGUGUAGGGGACAUGAAUCUUAAAGAAGUCAAUGUCACGACACGAAAGUUGGAUGUCUCAGUGGCUGCUCUUUGAUCCGGCUGAAGACGGUGACGCUGGAGGGGAUAUUGUUUCCGUUGGUGGACUUUUGGAUAUGCAUCUCGAGCGCCGUUCAGCCAAACAAGGUUCAGGAUACCGGCUUCGUGCUGUCUCGUUGGUCGCCUUUCGACUGCAAAGUUGCACGAGGAAAGGGAUGUGCCGUUUUUGAGAGCUACUCGUACAGGUUGGGGUUACACGGCAGAACCUUGACAGCUUGGGGCCAUGUGACACUGGGCGAUGUGUUCCCGACCGGGUUGAUAUCGAAGACUACUGGCAUCUCUUGGACACAUUGACAGGGAGAUGGAGAACAAUGAGAGAAGUGGCCACUGCAUCACCCAGAGCAUCUGGACAUGUUCGAACCAUUCUCGAACAUAUGCCACUGCCGCUGCCACUGCAGAUUUGGCUGUCGCAGAGCCACGGAUGCACGGGGAUGGCGACUUUGUAGACGGUGUGAGAGUGGGGGGAAGCGGGCCCGUGUGGCGCAAGUUUGACUCUUUGUCUCCUCCACUAGCGAGACUCAGCAGCGGGCAAUGUUGCCGUCUUCAAGGAACUAAAGAAAUACCUUUCUUGGAGCCACUGUCCCCUCUCCACUUGUGAGCCAGUAGUCAACAGUGUGAAUGUCCUGUUCAGGGCGAUUGGGAUGGCUGCGGGGCCCAUGUCCUGACACGCGGCACAGACCAGUCUUCAAG